UUCCGCGCUUUUUGCACGCCAACCAAAAUAUGUUGACCCGCUCAGCCACCUAUUACUAUUAAAAAUUAUUACUAUUCAGUAUAUACAAUGACAUGCACACGAUGUCAACUCGGCUUAUCGUAAUUCGUAAUCCAUAUCUUUUCUUUGUAGUCUGUUCACUGUUGUAACUUGCACUUAGUGGUUGUCCUCGUUCAUCGUUGGGUAGUGUCCAGUCCAGUGGGUACUUAACGGUAGAACUUCGUGGUUGUGCGUCACAACGGCAUCAGUCAUAACUACUAACAGUCCGCAGUUACAUACGUCGUAUGUAGUCUACGUAUUAUAUCGUUGUCAUUUUUUAAUAUCGUGGUGACGACAACUCACCAUCAAUAUUAUAUUACCCCUUUGCUAUUACCUGUGUUCUCUGUAUCCGAAUCUCCGUACUCGGUUGUUCAGUGUGUUUGUUCUCGCGUCCGUGAUAUUUACUAUUACACCGGUUGUCCUCGGGGUUUUUCGAUUCCUUUUGAUCCGAAGAAUAAUAAAUCAUGAAAUACAUUUUGGUCACUGGCGGUGUCAUGAGCGGCGUAGGCAAAGGCAUAAUCGCCUCGUCUAUUGGUACGCUUCUGAAGUCCUGCGGCGUCCACGUGACGUCCAUUAAGAUCGAUCCAUAUCUGAACAUUGAUGCCGGGACAUUCUCGCCUUAUGAACACGGUGAAGUAUAUGUGUUAGAUGAUGGUGGUGAAGUUGAUUUGGAUUUAGGCAACUAUGAAAGGUUUUUAGAUGUCACUUUGCAUAGCCAGAACAACAUUACAACUGGCAAAAUAUAUCAGGAAGUUAUCAAUCGAGAAAGACGUGGCGAUUACUUAGGAAAAACAGUCCAAGUUAUACCCCAUAUCACAGAUGCAAUACAAGAAUGGGUUGAACGUGUGGCCAAACAACCAGUGAGCGAUGAUCAAGUAGAACCUGAUGUUUGUGUUGUUGAACUUGGUGGCACAAUUGGUGAUAUAGAAAGUAUGCCAUUUGUUGAAGCUUUUAGACAAUUUCAAUUUAAAGUAAAAAAAGAAAAUUUUGUGUGUGCUCAUGUUUCAUUUAUUCUCCAGCCUGGUGCUACUGGAGAUGACAAAACAAAACCAACUCAAUCAAGUGUUCGUGAAUUAAGAGGUUUAGGCUUAACACCUGAUCUUGUUAUCUGCAGAAGUACUAAACCAUGUUCAAAUGUUGAACAAGUUAAAAGGAAAAUAUCAACUUUUUGUGAUGUAGCUUCAAGACAAGUACUAUUUAUGCAUGAUUUGGAUUCAAUAUAUAAAGUACCUUUAUUUAUGGAAAAUCAAGGCGCUUUGGAAUUUUUACAAGAUCGUUUAAAUUUCCCUAUAAAUUUGGCUUAUAAUCGAAGUUUUAUGAAACAGUGGAAAAAACUAUCUGACAAGAUUGACAACUCUCAAAAAAUAAUUAAAAUAGCUUUAGUUGGUAAAUACACACAACUUACUGAUGCAUACGUAUCAGUUUCUAGAUCUUUGGUUCAUGCUGCUGCUCAUAUCAAUCUUAAAGUUGCUAUUACAUAUGUCGAAGCUGCAAAUCUUGAAACUGAAACUAAAUUAUCAAAUCCAGUUGAUUAUCAUGAAGCAUGGCAGAAAUUAUGCCGUAGUGAUGGUGUAAUUGUACCUGGAGGUUUUGGUACAAGAGGUGUUGAAGGUAAAAUAGAAGCAUGUAAAUGGUGUCGAGAAAAUCGUAAACCAUUUUUGGGAAUUUGUCUUGGUCUGCAAGUUGCUGUUAUUGAAUUUGCCAGAAAUGUAUUACACUUGGAAAAUGCUGAUACUGCUGAAAUAAAUUCUAAUGCCAAAGAUCCUUUAAUAAUUGAAAUGCCUGAACAUUGUCCUGAAAAUAAAGGUGGAACAAUGAGGCUUGGUAAAAGAACAACUGUCUUCAAGAAAGGAUGUUCAUCUGUUAUACAUAAACUCUAUGGUGGAUUUGAAACAAUUGAAGAGAGGCAUCGUCAUCGUUAUGAAGUAAACAUUGAAUAUGUAGAACGUCUAGAAAAAGCUGGUUUAAAAUUUGUUGGAACAGAUACAGAAAAAGUUAGAAUGGAAAUAUGUGAACUUGAUGAUCAUCCUUAUUAUGUGGCUACACAGUUCCAUCCAGAAUAUUUAACCAGACCUUUAAAACCAUCGCCUCCAUUUUUAGGUUUAAUGUUAGCUUCUAGUGGCAAACUUAAAUCAUAUCUUAAUAAUGAAUGUCGGUUUAGUCCAGAUGAAAGCUGUUCAGAAGAUGAAUGCAAUGAUGUAUCGUUCAAACUUCAAGAUCUUGUUGUGACUCAAUCAAUUUUCAAUAAUAAACCUAAAUGAGGUUCAAACCUAAAGUGUUUUACAGAUUUAAUUUUUUUUUUUAUCAUUUGAACUUGUAUCCAUUGAUUCAAUCAUAUAAA